GAAUAUUUUGAACGGUUACACAAUAUGAAACGAUUUAUAGUUUUUGGAUUUUUAUUUUGUGGGGCAAUGGCUUUUACAGAAAAGCAACAAGAGGUGCUGAAUUACUUACGUACGAAAUGUAUAUCACAAACUGGAGUUUCUGAAGAUAUCAUUGAUAAAGUAAAAAGUGGAGAUUUUAUUCCAGAUCCCAAGCUAAAAUGUUACAUGAGAUGUUACUUUGCAGAAAAUGGUGUGUUAACAUCUGAUGGAAAUGUUGACGUAGAGGGUGCUAUAGCUACUUUACCUGAUGAAAUGAAAGAUUUUGCUACCUCAGUAUUCACAAAAUGUGGUAGUCAAGCUGGUACUAAUUCAUGUGAUGUCGUAUUUAAUACAAUGAAAUGUUAUUAUGAUAUGGAUAAAAGGGCAUUCGUUUUACCAUAGAAAAACCAUUGGACUUAAAAAAUGUAAUUUUGUUUUUCAUAUUUUAUUUUUUUUUUUGCAUUACAUCAUUAAAAAUAUAUAUGUAUUGAUGGCUUAAAUAAAUAUUUUUAUAUAGUUCUUUACUUAAAUUUAAAAAAGAAUCA